AUGCGUUCCAUCAGCGUCCUUCUCGCAAUCCUUUUCGCUUUUGCCACAACCUCCCACGCCUGGCCCAGCGCCGAAUUUCCAACCCUCGAAGUUCGCAAGCAUGGCGACGGCAACAACACCAGCUCCAACGAUCCUGAGCACGCCCUGAAGAAGUCGUGCAAGAAGAUGCGCAAAUUCACCGCCCUCUCUCAGAUUGCAGCCAACCAAACCAAACUCGAUGCGUGGGUCGCGGAAGGCAAGCUUGACGCCGCUGAAGUGGAUGCUAUCAAGGCAAAGGCCGCAAACGCCACUGCAGAGCUGCAGACAAUGCAGUCUAACACAACACUCGUCGGCGAAUGCGCCAUUGUGGAUGCCGAGCGCAAGAGCGUCAAGCAGUGCAAGCAGAUGAAGAAGUUGACCAAGCUGGCAGCGCUGGCAAGCAACGACACCGCUAUGGCCGCUUUCGAGCAAAAGAAGGGCUUGAACGAAACAGGCAUUGAGAAGUUGAAGGCGAAGGUUGCAGAGGCAGCAACUAAGUUGCAGGAGAUGCAGUCUAACACCACGCUCACGGACUUUUGCAUUCAACGACAGCAGCAAAAGGGCAAUGUCUCGGACUCUGAUGAUACGACUGCAGGCCAGGUUCAGCAGGCCACCGGCGGUGCAGCAGGUCUCACUGCACAGACCAUGCCAUACGUCCUCGUACCGGCGCUUGCCGCUGUCUUCGCCAUGUUCUUCUAA